AUGUGGAAACCACGGUUGUUCUCGACGUUGCGCUGUCUGCAGCAUGAGAACCCUCUGGGACUCCCGCGCUCCGGCGCGCCUCCACAGCUGCCGCGCAUGCAACGCGGUCUGCCCCAGAGACGCAGCAUCAAGGACGUGAAAAAGAUCAUCGCCGUCUCCUCGGCCAAGGGCGGCGUGGGCAAAAGCACUAUUGCUGUCAACCUUGCUCUGAGCUUCGCACGGCGGGGCUACAGAGCCGGCAUCCUCGACACGGACAUCUUCGGCCCAUCCAUACCCACUCUGCUCAAUCUGUCCGGCGAACCGCGUCUGUCAGCCAACAAUCAGCUCGUCCCCCUGUCCAACUAUGGCCUCAAGUCCAUGUCCAUGGGCUACCUCAUACCAGAGUCCUCGCCGGUAGCAUGGCGCGGUCUUAUGGUCAUGAAAGCACUGCAACAGCUACUCCACGAAGUAGAGUGGGGUGGUCUAGACGUGCUGGUGCUGGACAUGCCACCAGGCACUGGCGAUGUGCAACUCACCAUCACCCAGCAGCUAAACCUUGACGGCGCACUCAUCGUGUCGACUCCACAAGACCUGUCGCUGAAGGACGCCGUCAAAGGCGUGGAGCUGUUCAACAAGGUCAACGUGAACCUGCUUGGCCUGGUGUGCAACAUGGCUGGAUUCAAAUGUCCGGGCUGCGGCUCCGUCCACGACAUCUUCGGCAACAUGAGUAAGAUCAGGAACAUGUGUUCCAGGUAUGACCUGAAAAUGUUGGGUGAGAUACCGCUGCACGGUAGCAUCAGCGAUGAUGCUGAUCGUGGGAAGCCCACCGUGAUCGCAGAACCUGAUGGCGAAAGAGCUGCGGUUUUCCUCCACAUCGCACACGAGAUAGAAGCCGCCAUAAGUAUGACCAAGUAG